GGUUUCAAAAUCGACGAUCGAAAGAACGGCGAAUGAAGCAGCUGAGUGCGUUAGGGGCCAGACGACAUCAUUUCUUUAGGAAUCCAAGGCGCAUGCGCCCUUUACGUGGUCCAUUUGAUGUAGAGAAUAAUCCAGAUAUGAUGGGAAGUCCUCCAUUUGGAUACGAUGCAGAUGGUAAUCCUGAUUACUAUGGACCAGCUGGUUACUUUGAUUACUUCCAUCCUGGUCAUCCAAAUGGUCCACCUUCAUCAGAAGCACCAGUUCAACCAACCGAUAUGAAUCCUUAUAUGCAGCACCCACCAGUAUCACAAGGCAAUCAUCCUAUGGAUCAUCAUAUCCCAGUAUCUCAAACAAGUCUUGGUGGAGGAAUACCUUCUGAUGGGGGUGAAUAUCUCUCUGGUAAAGAUAUUAAUACCAGUCCAGAGCCUAUGCAGCAUUUACCGCCCGUCUCAGCCAAUGGAGACAUGUUCCACCCUCACCCACAUCAUCCUCAUCCUAUGGGAGAAAGAUUUGGUCCACCGAGAGGGGGCGCUCAUCCACCUCAUGUGAACGGUUUCCGUGGUGUACCUCCUCCUCAUCAAGAGCUUGUGGAAGGAGUGUGGUGACAAACUUUAUUAAAAGACACUUGUCUGAGAACUAUAUCAGAAUUUUAUUUCAUCAUGGAUAAAGAAAAUUGAUUUAUGAGAAUAUAUAUCGUUAUUGACAUUGUUGAGUGACAUAGGCUCUUGUAAAGAACUGCUGAAAAUGUUUUUUUAUCAUGUCAAAAUUUAUGUAACUUUCACAAGUAUUGAAUGUUUUUCACUUCUGCGACUGUGUUACGUGUGGACAUUGAGGCUGAGUAUAUUCUUCUAAUGGAUUUCGGCUGACAUCAAUACAGCAGUAUUAUUGUUAUUAGUAAUGUAGUCAUCACGUGACUUGGACAAAUGAACUUCUUUAAAUGAGCAGAAAAUAUGAUAUUUGCCAAAAUAUAUAGACAUACCACUUUCAAGACUGCUCAGUUUAAUAAUUCAUAAAACGCUUUAUUUAUUUUUUUGGUUUUGAGGUAAUUAUCUCGUCAUGGCGUCUAGUAACUCGUAUGUGAUGUUGAUUUCUUUUGUAUUAAUCGUGAUGAUCCUUCAUAUUUUUGCAAAAGUAAUUUUUAACAUACCGACAUUAAAAAGCAUUCAUUGAUGUAUUCUUGCCCAUUUAUACCCAUCUUAAUUUACUCAAUGAUUGUUUGAUAAUAAUGUUAGCCUAAUAUUGUAUAUUCCACGCCAUGCUUCUCAGCAUCAAAAUUGAAUGCAAAUGUGAAAAGACUUGUAUUGCUGUCUAGAAUUCCAAUUGGAAAGUUUGAUGCACCGUUAAGUGAGUGAGUUAAUGAUUUAUCGUUAUAAUGAAAAUGUGCAAUUUGUAUAGAACAUAAUCAUGCUUGUAUUGACUUCACAAUAUAAUUUAAAUUCUUAAAAUUUUAACUUGGUUGAGGAACGCGGCCAUUGUCAUCUAAUUUUCUUUAUUCUCUAUAUUUGGAUUCUCACUAAAUAAGCGGGAUUCAAGUCUCAAGCAAGAUUUUUGGCUCCAUUAUUACAGUGACUAUCGGGAUUUAAAUCUCGGUUCUUUCCCUCAAUCUCUUACAUUCUUAUGCUCAUACUAGUAUAUUCAUUAUAGGACAAAAAUAUCAUCCAUGCGUCGUUAUCCAUCAGCCACGAAAUCUCGAUCUUUUGAAAUUCUCUCAUGACCUCCUCAAUCUCCCUUUCUUUAUCCUCUCCUCUCUCUCUCUCUCUGUCUUUCUCUCUAUGUUUCUCUAUUUAUGUCUCUCUCUCUCUGUUCCUUUUCCUUUAUCAAUCUUUCUCUCGUCGUUCCUUUCUUUUCCUUUUCCUCUCAUUUCUUUGCGUACCAUCCUUCCUUCUUUCAUUGUGAAAUAGCUUUUAUGAUGAUCUACAUUAUUUUAGACAGUGGCAGAUCCAGGGGGGGGGGUGUUAAGGAUUUAAAUCCCCACCUGGUGCUUCCUGAAAAAAAUGAUAAACAAGGAGGGGUGUGUGAGAUCAAACUCCAACACCCUUUCUCUGUUUACGAGAGUCACGUAAGCAGAACAGUGGUGGAUCUACAGGGGGGUACUCAUCGUUAUUGGGUCAAACCAAUUUGUCAAACCCAUUCUUAGCAAAGAGCUAUAUCCACCACUGUCAGAUGUUCAUGUAGUAUCAAAUGAAUGAUGGUUUCAAUAGCAUUAUAUUCCGUAUCUCAUAAAAUCUGGAGCUGACCAAUAGUUAACUGAGAUAUUUGCGACUAUGUUUUUAUUUACUUGUUCCUUUUCCUUGACAACAUUAUCCGUGGACCUUCUUGUUAUGCAUUAUUGACAUUGACAAAUUUAAUAUUAAUAUUCACCCUUUUUUCUGUUGAAACAUGAGGUUUGAUACAGGGUAAUUGUAUUCAAUGAAGUGAUGAAGUAAUGGAGUUUGAAAUUCGAUUAAUUUAUUUCCUCUCCGUUAGUUUAACUUUCUAUAUAUCCUUUACCGGGAAUGCAAUUAAUUUAUGAACACCAUACACUAACAUAAAAACUCCAUACUCGUGACUAUCUCGUGGUUAAGUAAUCCCAUUCAAUUGGGGAUAUUUGAUGCCAAAUAAAGUUAAAACUUUUAUGAAUUUUACCAUAUUUAGAGAUGAUUUCUUUUUGUAAAAAUGCAAAUGUUCCAGGAUAAACACGAUAAGCAAAUAGUUUUGAAAAUUCAAGUAAGUUUGUAUAGCACAGUAUGCUUAGGAAUCUUUGGAGUAACAUUGAACUCUCCCAAUGACUUGUUAUGUAAUCAGAAGAGUCUAGCAAUCAGGUUUGGAUUCAUGUUUGUUAUGGAACAAGCCUUAUAAAUGCUGUAUAAUAUUCUUGAAGUUUAAAUGAGGAAUUGUAAUGAUUUACCAAAACAUGCCAAAUGAAUGGUCAUGUUUGAAUUUUAAAUUGAUCGGUGAAUCUUUGCAGAGUCUGCAAGUGAGAGAGAGAGAAAAAAGAUAAAGAUAAAUGUAUUCAUUCAUUUUCUUCACUUUAAAGCGAGCUUUCGAACAAUUUUCUUUUGUAUUCAGAAUUAUCACCACUUUAGUAGAGUAUUCAUAUUUGUGAAGUAUACCUUCGAUUUUUUAUAAAAAUUGAUUUUAACGAUUGGCGUGAGCUUUCGAACAAAUAACAUGUAAGACAAGCAGAUAUAUAGUAUUCAUUGCUGAAGAAUGUUGUAAAAUCUUAUCUCUGGUCAUGUUCCUGCGGUUUGAGGCAAUAUGACAACGUACUUUCAUACAUACUGUGGAUAACUGAUUAAAUACAGCCGGUGUUCAUUUCAAUGUUUAUUAUAUAAGGCGACGGAAUAUUAUAUGGGUUUCAGUUUUGAAGGUAUUUUAAUGGUGAAUCUGAGUGAAAUAAUUUAUCAUCUCCUAAUUACUUUACUCCUUAUGCUCAAGGAUGAAUUUUAAGGAUCAGUUAGUGGUAACAUGUGGAAGAGAGGGGGAGGGGGUAGAUCCACCUGCAAUCAAAGGAAGAGAGAGAGGGGUAAUUGGUUGUUCAGCUCAAAGAGUAUCUUAAUUAAUUGUAUAUUCUGAAAAAAAGGGUGCUGUUAAAAACGGGAUCACUAUAUUCUUAUGUUUUAUCCAUAAUUAUUUUGAUUAACGGAUUGUCCCACGUAAAGCAUAAAUAUUGUUCCGAUUAGGUACUCUUAAUUAAACCAUAAUUAAACUUAUGUUCUUGAUAUUCUUUUAAUCUAUGACCAUGUUCCUAUCUUUCAUAUCGUAAUCAACUCUCUUUCAAUGCAGUCGAAUUUAAUGCAAUGUAAAUAACAGAUGGAAGAUUGUUCUCAUUGUGCACUUGUGUGAUUUUCUUUAAUUACGCAAGAGCACUUUGACUGCGUCAUAUUUUUAGGUAAAAUGAUGUGGUAAUGAGUACAAUAAAUGUAUUUGGACGAAGAUAAAGAAUAAUAUAUUUAUGUUUUAUUUCUUAAAAUGUUUCAAUAUAUUUUCAUGUUGUUUUUUUCUCUGCCAUUCUUUUCUUUAUUUUAUUCUCUCUAUCACUUUCUCUCAGUAUUGUCAUGUUUUUGUGAGACAGAUAUGUAUGUACUAUUUGACUUUGUAUAAUUAUUUAAUUUAAAUGAUUAAAGUUACCUGACUUCUUCAUUUAAAA